AUGUGUUCUUCAGGUUGGAAUGUAUCUACGUAUAGAAAAAGGGAGUCUAGUUUGUUUGAGAAGUGUACUGGGUUAGUGUUGUAUCCAGAGGGCUUGGGUGGCGAAAAUGGUGGUGAGGUUAGCGAUAUAAAGGAAUUGGGCAAUGUGGAAGUCACAAACAGUUAUAUAUUUAGGGAAGUUCAGAAGGAACCUUUGGUAGAUGCAAGUGUUGCUGAAGGAACUCCAAUGGAAGGUGGUUCUCUGGAAUCUGAUUCCGAAGUGAAAAGGUUAGUUGUACUGCAUUGCAAUGAGAUGGAAACUAGUAAUGUGUCAGUUCCAGAAGUGGGGUUGGAAAUUAGCAGUAGUGAGAAGGUUGGAGUUGCGCAUGUUGUAACGGAUAAGGAUGUGGAAGAAAUCAUUGUGUCACAGUUGUACGGGAUUGAUUCAGCUAAGAAGACAGAAGUUUCUGGUUCAUUGAAUGGAAUUUUUGAAGGUGAUGAUGCAGUCCCUGUAAGAGAUCAAGUAUUCAAAGGGGGCACAUCUGAUCAAGAAAAUGAGCACAAAGAAAGUUGGCAGUUGUUACCUGGUAAUGGGGAGAACACAAUUGGAAAGAGUUCAGAGGUUCACCAAGGUGUGCUUGAAGUGACAAAAGAUAGCCCUGUAGAUGUUGAAGCAAAAGAAGUGGAUGGAGUGGAGGGAGGGGAUAGUGGUGAUCAAGAAUACAAGUUCUGUGUGGGUGAUUUGGUAUGGGUUAAAACAAGGACACAAUCAUGGUGGCCUGGACUGAUUUAUGAUCCCUCGAGUGCAUCGAAGGAUGUCACAAAGUCUGAUCAAAGGAACUGCCUCUUAGUUAAAUACUUUGGGAAUGGUAGUUUUGUUUGGUGCUCUGCAUCUCAGUUUAAGCCUUUUCUCGAGUACUUUGGCCAGAUGUCGAGGCAAAGCGACUCUAGAAGCUUCCUUGGUGCUGUACAGAAGGCUGUAGGUGUGAUUGGUAAGCGCGUAAAGAUGGAGAUGACUUGUUCUUGUUUUUUAAAAGAGUGCCAAACCAAACUUGCUACUCUGUUGGCUGCUGGAACUAAGAAGGGAGACUCUGUGUCAGAGAUUACAAUGGGUGAACUUGGUGAAUUUUCAGUGACUCGGUUUGAACCUACCACUUUUCUUGCAUUUAUCAAAUCCCUUGCCCAGGAUGUUUCCAUGCCUGGUAUGAUUGACUUUACGGUAAUCCAGAAUCAUUUGUCAGCCUUUUAUCGCUCCAUAGGGCAUUGCCAACUGCCAAUGCAACAACUCAGGCCAACAGCAGAUGCUAAAGACUGUGUUCGAGAUGGGUUGCCAUCAGAAAAGAAGGACGAAAACCUGACUAAGUUUUCCAGAGGGGACAGGGAUGUUACAUUGCAGAAAUGUGGGAGUGGUGUUGCUGAAGAAAUUAUUUCUAGUGAUACUCCAACGGAAUCCAGGAAGAGAGAGUUGAACGUAGGUGAUGAAGCUGAAGAUCUUGAUGGCUGUAAAGUGGCUUCAUGUGAGGUGGAGAUUACCAGCCCCUUAAUGUCUCCAAAAAAAAUAGAGGGUAGAGUCUAUAGCAUAGGAAAUGUUGAUGGGGGAACGAGAGGGAGAUCUGAUAAAGGCUAUGAGUCACGGGAACGGAAAAGGAGCAAGUAUUUAUCACCUCCUUUUGUAGACAUGAGCUGGGGGCUCAAAAGCUCACCUACUUCAGGAGCAUACAAAAAAGAAGACCCAAUGGUCGAGUUUACUGGCAAAAAGUCGGGGCAAAAGUGGUCCAGGAAGCCCAUUAGGGUGCAUAAUGUCUCCAAUAAACCAGUGGAAACAAAUGCAUCUUCAGCUGAAUUUCUCUUUGAACUCCAUCGGACUGCUCUAGAUUGUCUCUACCCUAAUGAAAGUACAAAUUUCGAUGCAGUUGAGAGAUUCUUUUCUGGAUUUAGAAGUUUCUCCUUUUACGAUGAGUUAAAUAAUGAGAUGGCUCGAGUUCAAGCACUUGGCCAGCAGGAGUCUAACCAUGUUCUCCCUACGUUACCUAAAGUUUUUCUGAUGGAGAAGGGAAUUGGAAUGGAAGAAGGAGAUGUAGAUUUGAACAGAAACAACACUAGCUUGUUGGUUGAAGGUGGGCAGAUUACAGGUCCUGUUGCAUCUCAAGGUAAAAUUCAGCCAAAGAAGAGAAAAAGGAGCAAGGGAGCUGCUUUGGAGAUUACAAAGACUAAACGCUCUAAAGUUGCUCCAUUUUUGAAAGAUAUUGAAGUAGUGGGUGUAUAUUCGCUCCAAUGUAUUUCUGAGCUGAACGGUAGAGAGAAAAUGAAUGACACUGCUUCAUUGUGUCAGAAUACUAUACUCACAGUUGCGCAACCAGAUGUUAAUGGGAACAAUGCUGAACCUAGGUCCUUGGUGAAAGAUUUGCCGCAGAUGGGCCUGCCAUCUCCUGGUCGUAAGCCUAACAGCAACAAGAGAAAGAGAAAGGACAAAGCUUUCGAUUCUCUGAAGACUAAAGUUGCCUCUGUCAUACCAGAUUUGAAUGGAAAUGUCACUGAACCCAGCUCAACAGGAAAAGAUUUGGCAGACACGAACUUCGUUUCACCUGAUGGUAAACCCCAGAGGAAGAGGAGAAGAAGAAAUAAAGCUGCUGCUGGGAUGCUAGAUAGGAGAGAAGCUUUGGGGACUGCUCUGCUCUUAAAUUUUGCUCCAGAGGCUCCCUUGCCUUCAAAGGAGGACCUGGUUGCGACGUUUGGCAGGUUUGGACCGCUGAAGGAAUCGGAAACAAGUGCAUUGAGUGAUUGUAGUGUCCAGGUUGUCUUCUCAAGGAGUGCUAACGCUGCAGACGCAUUCCAGAGUUUAGAAAAAAGCAGUCCUUUUGGACCAGCCCUUUUAAGUUAUCGCCUCCAUCAUAUUUCAACCGCUGCAAUUACACAGACUUUGCAGCCCACGGACAGAUUGAAGACACCAGCAAAGCCCUCUGGUUUGAAAUCUCACAAAGGAGAAGCACCUGAUCUUCUGAGCAUAAGACAGAAUCUUGAGAUGAUGACGUCAAUGCUUGAGCAGGCGGGGGAUAAUCUUUCAGCAGAAAUGAGAGCCAAAUUGGAGAGUCAGAUUAAGGGUCUCCUAAAGAAGGUAAGCACCAUGGUUGGCUCCUCUUCCUCUGCUUAAUCCCG